AUGUCUCGACUCGCCCUCCUCCUCAGCCUCAUGGCUGCCACCGCAGCAGCCCAAGCCGAGUAUGCAUCCCACGGCUUCAAAUACAUCGGCUGCGUCGAGGCCGAACCCCCAGUCUUCUCCUUCAACGUCGAUCUCCCCUCCCCGUUCAGCGCCCAGCAAUGCCAGGUUGCCUGCCAUUCAAAAGGCAAAUACGCCGCCCUCGAUGGAUCAUGCCAUUGCGAAGAUCCCCUGUCCAAGAGCGAGCCGCAGUACAAGGUGCUUAAUGAUUCUGUCUGCGCGCUGCCGUGCGAUGGCGGUAACAAAAGUUGGGGAUGGUGCGGAGGCCCGCACUGCCCGGUGACUGGGAAGAAGCGAUAUUCGCUGUAUAAGAAGGAUGAGGAUCACGACCACAAUGACGACUGCGAGAAAGAUGAUAAGAGCAAGGGUAUUGGCAUCGGUUUCCACACCAAGGACAUCCCCGUGAGAACCUCUACCACUAUCAAGACUAUUACGUCUUGUCCCCCUGAAGUCACCAAUUGCCCUCUCUCCUGCCCGCCUGGAGGGUGCCAUAUCGAUCCUUCACCUCCUGUCACGAAGCAUCACGCGGUCCCACCCUCUGAGCCCUCAAUUCGUCCGCCGCCGCCAGAGUGCCAUGGUGAGUACUGCAAGACCAAAAUUCCGACAACGUCAGCUUGCCCGUCGGGGGGAUGCGUCAAGAUUGUCACAGAUCCUAUCCCAACGCGUCCUCAUCCUACCCCUGAUCCUGCUCCUACCAAGGCUGUGGUGACCGUUAGUGAGGGCACAAGAUACCAGUCUGGGGUGUUGAUAGCAGCUGUUGCCGCGUUGGUGGUGGCUAUGGCCAGAUUAGGCACUUAG